CAAAACCGCUCUUCUCCCAUCGCCAUUACCACACUCGAGCAGAGCAAAUACAGUUCAGGAAUCAGGAGCAAGCAGAAACACACACACAAAUCCGAAGAUGUGCGGGAUCAAGCAGGAGAUGAGCGGCGAGUCGUCGGGGUCGCCGUGCAGCUCGGCGUCGGCGGAGCGGCAGCACCAGACGGUGUGGACGGCGCCGCCGAAGAGGCCGGCGGGGCGGACCAAGUUCAGGGAGACGAGGCACCCGGUGUUCCGCGGCGUGCGGCGGAGGGGCAAUGCCGGGAGGUGGGUGUGCGAGGUGCGGGUGCCCGGGCGGCGCGGCUGCAGGCUCUGGCUCGGCACGUUCGACACCGCCGAGGGCGCGGCGCGCGCGCACGACGCCGCCAUGCUCGCCAUCAACGCCGGCGGCGGCGGCGGCGGGGGAGCAUGCUGCCUCAACUUCGCCGACUCCGCGUGGCUCCUCGCCGUGCCGCGCUCCUACCGCACCCUCGCCGACGUCCGCCACGCCGUCGCCGAGGCCGUCGAGGACUUCUUCCGGCGCCGCCUCGCCGACGACGCGCUGUCCGCCACGUCGUCGUCCUCGACGACGCCGUCCACCCCACGCACCGACGACGACGAGGAGUCCGCCGCCACCGACGGCGACGAGUCCUCCUCCCCGGCCAGCGACCUGGCGUUCGAACUGGACGUCCUGAGUGACAUGGGCUGGGACCUGUACUACGCGAGCUUGGCGCAGGGGAUGCUCAUGGAGCCACCAUCGGCGGCGCUCGGCGACGACGGUGACGCCAUCCUCGCCGACGUCCCACUCUGGAGCUACUAGAGCUCAAUCAACUGUACAAUUUUGCCUCUUUUUUCUCUCUUUUCUGGCUUCCGAUGCCAAAAUUUUGGUACUGUACGGACACUACUUUCGGUAAUGUGAUGGAACAAGUUGCAAAACACAGAGCAUCUUCAUUUGAGUCA